AUGGCUGGGGCAGAGGGCGCGGGGUCGGGCCGGGGCCAGCAGAACGGGGAUGGAGCAGGGGGGAAGCGGCCUCGGCUGGUGGCGGAGCCCGACCGGGGGAACCGGGUGACCGUGGUGCUGGGGGCACAGUGGGGGGACGAGGGGAAGGGGAAGGUGGUGGAUCUGCUGGCCAUGGACGCCGACCUGGUGUGCAGGUGCCAGGGGGGGAACAACGCGGGCCACACCGUGGUGGUGGGGCUGGUCGAGUACAAUUUCCACCUGCUGCCCAGCGGGGUCUUGAACCGCCAUGCCACCUCCUUCCUGGGAAACGGAGUGGUCAUCCAUCUGCCGGGACUCUUUGAAGAAGCUGAGAAGAACCUUAAGAAAGGGCCUGGUCUGGAGGGCUGGGAGUCCCGCACGGUGAUCUCAGAUAGAGCUCAUAUUGUGUUCGAUUUCCACCAGGCCGUGGAUAGGAUCCAGGAGCAGCAGCGGCAGCAGCAGGAUGGCAAGAACCUGGGCACCACCAAGAAGGGCAUCGGCCCCGUCUAUGCCUGCAAGGCUUCCCGCACCGGCCUGCGCAUCUGUGACCUGCUGGCCGACUUCCAUGAGUUCUCCAAGAAGUUCAGGGUGCUAGCCCAGCAGUACAAGGCCAUGUACCCGGCUCUCACCAUCAACACAGAGGCCGAGCUGCAACAGCUGAAGGUCUAUGCUGAAAGGAUCCGGCCCCUGGUGAAGGAUGGUGUCUAUUUCAUGCACCAGGCCCUGCACGGGCCCCCCAAGAAGAUCCUGGUGGAAGGAGCCAAUGCUGCACUGCUGGAUAUCGACUUCGGGACAUACCCGUUCGUGACAUCCUCAAACUGCACAGUCGGGGGUGUCUGCACAGGCCUGGGCGUCCCACCUUGCCACAUCGGGAAGGUGUAUGGGGUGGUGAAGGCUUACGCCACCCGGGUGGGUGUUGGAACCUUCCCCACCGAGCAGGACAAUGAGAUUGGGGAACUGCUGCAGUCACGGGGCCAAGAAUUCGGUGUCACCACAGGCCGCAAACGCCACUGCGGGUGGCUGGACCUGAUGCUGGUGAGAUACGCCCAUAUGAUCAACGGAUUCAGCGCCCUGGCGCUCACCAAGCUGGAUAUCCUGGACACCUUCCCGGAGAUUAAGGUGGGCGUGGAAUACCGGCUGGAGGGGAAACCUAUCGCCUACUUCCCAGCGAACCAGGAGCUGCUGAACAAGGUGUCGGUGGGCUAUGAGACCUGGCAGUGCAGCACAGAGCAGGCCCGCAGCUUUGCCGACUUGCCUCCGCAGGCCCAGAGCUAUGUCCACUUCAUCGAGCGCUACCUCGGGGUGCCGGUGAAGUGGGUCGGUGUCGGGAAGUUCCGCGAAUCCAUCAUCAAGAUUUUCUGAGCCUCCCUGGCCAUCUGUCAGUCGCAGGGGCUCUGCCCCAGGACAACCCCUGACACACAGACCCUCAGCAAAGGAUCACAGGGACCACGUGCCUCUCACUCUGCCCUGCACCCCCCCUGCACAGUGGGGGGCUCCACCCCUCCUGGGAGAGAGUGAAUUGUAAUUUCACUCCGCCCCCCCCCUUGCACCGCUCCCCCAGUGCUGCCCAUGCUGGGGAGCCCCGGCCUGCGGUUUACAGGCUGCCUGCCACACUCUGCUCCCCCAUGCUGGAGGCUGGACUGUGGGGCUCCCUUCCCCCUCACUCCAGGACUGUGUCAGGUGGGCUGUGCUCGCUCCACGUGGGGGGCCCUAGCCCAAACCUGGCUCCUGUUCCACCUGUCACUCCUGCCCCCCAUGGGGGCAGAGAGCACCCUGCCCUUCCCCACUGGGCACCCCUGUCUCCUCUCCCCCCAUGCCUGGAUCUCCCUGCUCUGUCCCCCACUGUGGGCAGUCUCAUAGCUGCUUUUUCACUGUAUAGAAAUAGCUAUAAAGAGCCAUAAUUUAUUUUCCCCA